UUUCAGCCCGGGUACCCCGCGAUCUCCCGCCGCCCGGCAUGGAGACCUGACGGCCGUUCGUGCGUAAAGCGUGUGGAUGAAGGUAACCGAGAUGAAGGCGUCGCGCCUCUUCGCUCGGCUCGCCCUCGGACUCCUCCUGUGGGUCUGUCUCGCCUUCCCGCAGCCCGUCCACGGCGGCGGUUUGGCCGACAACCACGUGCACUCGAGCUUCAUCUACCGCCGGCUGCGCAGCCACGAGCGCAGGGAGAUCCAGAGGGAGAUCCUGUCCAUCCUGGGCUUACCGCACCGCCCCAGGCCCUUCUCUCCGGGGAAGCAGGCGUCCUCGGCUCCUCUCUUCAUGCUGGACCUGUACAACGCCAUGGCAACCGAGGACGAGGACGCCGUGCUAGAGGAGGCUGGGAAACUGACAGGGACCCAAGAAAGGAGCCGAGGGGGACACCGCGCAGGGCAGUCCCGUGCGCCCCAGCCGUACCGGGCCGCGCCGCUCAGCAGCCAGAGUCCCCCGCUGGCCUCCGCACAUGACACCAACUUCCUCAACGACGCAGACAUGGUCAUGAGCUUCGUCAAUUUGGUUGAGAGGGAUAAGGAUUUUUCACACCAGCGGAGACACUUCAAGGAGUUCCGGUUUGACCUCACUCAGAUCCCGGACGGCGAGGCCGUGACCGCUGCUGAGUUUCGGAUCUACAAAGACCACAGUCACGCCCGGUAUGAGAACAGCACCCUGAAGGUCAGCAUAUACCAGGUCAUCAAGGAGUAUCAAAACAAAGAUGCAGAGACGUUUUUGUUAGAUUCUAAGAAGAUAAAGGCUUCCGAUGGCGGCUGGCUGGUCUUUGACAUCACAGCCACAAGUAAUCACUGGGUACUAAACCCUCAGCAGAAUAUGGGCCUCCAACUCUGCGUCGAGACCAUGGACGGCCGCAGCGUCAACUUCAAAUCCGCUGGCAUCAUUGGUAGAACCGGCCCGCAGUCUAAGCAGCCCUUUCUGGUGGCGUUCUUCAAGGCCAGCGAGGUGCUGCUCCGCUCUGUGAGGGCGGCUGGAGGCAAGCGGAAAAAUCACAGCCGGAACAAGUCGGCAAGCCCUCAGGAGACCUCGAGGGCCCCGAAAAGUGGAGACCAAAACACCAGUGAGCAAAAGCAAGCCUGCAAGAAGCAUGAACUUUACGUCAGUUUUCGAGAUUUGGGGUGGCAGGACUGGAUUAUUGCACCUGAAGGUUACGCUGCCUUUUACUGCGACGGAGAAUGCUCCUUCCCACUCAACGCACAUAUGAAUGCAACAAAUCACGCUAUUGUGCAGACUUUGGUCCAUCUAAUGUUUCCUGACAACGUGCCAAAACCCUGCUGUGCCCCAACGAAGCUGAACGCUAUAUCAGUGCUCUACUUUGACGACAGUUCAAACGUUAUCUUGAAGAAAUACAGGAACAUGGUGGUCAGGUCGUGCGGAUGUCAUUGAGGAGGUUAAGCUGGGCGAGUCUGUCUCCAGAUGUGCAGCGUCGCUGGAAAACAUAUCAAUGUUCUAGAUGCGUAUUCUGACGUGUGAUGUACAGUGUUAUGUAUAUAUUAGUUCCUUCUACUUAUUUAUUUUCCCUCAUUUCUGUGACAAUACUCGUUCUUUUCACCACUUCUAAAUUAGAAUUGAGGGCUUGAUUCAAUCCAUUUGCAGUGUUCCUCGACACCCAUAGCGACUGUUGGCCUCUGUGUUUGUUAACCAAAGCUCUGUGUUGAGGUCAUAGUGUCUUCCGGUACUUUAACAGAUCACCUUUCACCUUGUUGCAGCGAUCCUUAGGCAGACUGUAAAGUCUGAGUGAUGUAUGACAUUGUUCAUUUGGCUCAUUCGCCCAAACCUGGGCCUUUUUCUGAGUAACAUCACAUGAAUUGCAUUACUUUUAGAAGCAUAUUCAAACUGUAUUGAUAGUAGCUGCAACUGAAAAAAAAUUUAAACCCAAAAUUUAAUAGCAAAACACGAUUA